AAAGAGAUAACUAGAGUUGCGAAAUUCUUCUGCCAAGAGGGCGAGGUACAUCCCUCAAAGAUCACUGUUCUUUGUUCAUAUCGAGGACAGGCAAGUGUAAAAUAUUUGAACGUUUUCUAUGACCUACGUAACAAAAAGGUUCCAUUUUGCCGUGCUUUUGUUCAGUAACAGAUCACAGAUGACGUCAAAGUAUGGUAAAGUAAAGAAAACAAGUUUCUUUUUGAUCUCAUCCAUGUCUCUGCAUGUACUCUAAUAGGCCAUGGGCAAUAACUAAUCAAAGCGCGCGCGUAAUAUUCGUCACAUUGUAUAAGACUGAACAGACGCACGGGAAAUGUGAUCUAUGCCGAUAACAACAAAAACAAAAACAACAAACACGUCUCUCAAAGCCGUCUCGACUGGCGGAUCAAAGAUUGUUCUCAUUUUAUUCUCUUAUUUGACCCGUGUUUCCUGGAAGCCUUGGUAAUUUUUCUCUUUAUAUCUUUCCUUUCUCGCAGGUGAAAGAAAUAGAAAGCCACUUUCGUUCAACUGAGAUUACUGCGUUGGAAGAUAUAAAGGUCACCACAAUUGAUAGUUUUCAGGUAGGAUAACGCGAACGUCUUUCCAGCCACCGAAAUUCUCCGAAAGUGCACCGAAAUGCUCUGUCCGUGUGUAUGAAUCUUGGCUAUUUUUUCAGAGGAAAUAAGAGCUAAAAACUCAGCAUUUGUUAGAUUUAAGACACUCACGAAGAAGAAAGAUUGGUGUCUUUUGUAUUUUCUUGAUAAAUUGUGAAUGAGUUUGAACUGUCAAGGAACGGUGAUGAUGAUGGGCUCCAGGGAACGCUGAUAAAUUCAUGGAUCGAAAAUAGUUCCUUUUUCGGCUUUUAACCCACCUAGCACCUUAUAGAGCAUUAUUAUAUGGCAGUGUCUCAAAAGCACUGAAAAUAAUCUAAUUCAGGUAUUUCAUUGGAUAAAAUCAACAUUGACUGGAGUUUAGAUCUUCCCGCUCAUGGAAAAGAAAAGAAAACUAGAAAUCAAUGCAUAAAAUUCAAAAGGAAUGCUUAGAAUUUCAUUACGGUCCAUCUUUAGAGGGAUUUGAAGAGCAUUGUCUUCUUAAGUACUAGAACAACUACAGAAACGAUAAACUAGAAAAAUACCAAGGUUAACCACACUUUCUUUUCUUGACUCAUAUCGUGAUGAGGGUCAUCUUUACCCCACGCCUUCUGUGUAGCGUCCUUAAACACAAGAGCGACGACGAACGUCGAUUCGCUCGACAGUCCCCUGCAAACAAUUCAUCAAAUAUAAAUGAUCUAAUAGACGCCCGGGUCGUUAUUUAAUUCUGAUGGUCCAAAAGAAAACGUUUCAUUGAUAGGAGGUUUUUAUUCUCUGAACUGCGAACAGCUCAGCAAAACGUAUAUGCUAUUCUUGAAAUUAUCAAGAAAGUUUAAAACAUAGCGGAAUAGCUAGGCCAUCAAUGGAUACAUCUAGGCCGUCUAUAGAUCCAUAUCGCUCUGUCAAAUCUCAACAUCGUCGACAGAUCCGAAUCUCCGCUUAGGAUCACUUUGUUGUCAACGUUAGUCUAUCCCUAUGAGCACGAUACAGUGAAAGAACCAUUGUUCAUCAGGCAAGAAACCGAACAAAUUGAAAGAUUUUGUUCCUUUUUUGCUACCGUUAAUUCCUAGCAUUUUGCAGUAAUUCUCAUUGGGAGGUGCAUGGGGGCUUUUAUUAGAGCGGACGUUUGUUAAAGAGGGGCGUCUGAUACAAGGUUAAUAUUACUAGUAGCGGGGGCGUUUAUUAGAUAUUAGUAAAAUCCAACUAGUGGUCUGUUAUCAAUACUGCGUUCUGAUUGGUUGAGCUACCGUUAGGCUAUAUGUUAUAGCCCACUAGUAGCGAAAAGCAUCAGCUUUUUGGGGCAAAAAAGGAUUAAAGUCUUGCUUUAACUACGUAGCUGAAGUUGUUUAGACUCUAUGUUUUUGACCAACUAGUUGGAUGUGACUAAAACAAUUAUUCCUCUCGCCCUCAUGGCCUCUCUGUUAAUAGCCCAUUCGGCCUUCGGCCUCAUGGGCUAUUGACUCAGAGCCCAUUUGGGCUCCAGGAAUGAUUGUUAAAGAGAAGUUUAUUUGAAAGAGGGCGUCUAUUAGGUCAUUUAAGGUAUGCCACUUAGCUUAAUCCCUUUUCUUCGACCAAUAAAGGAAAUCGAGAGGAGAACUCACUACGUCACGUUGCCAUGGUAGCAAAAUUUCUGAUGACAACAAAGCGAAAACAUCACUUAAAAAGUGAACUCGCACUGUUUCAAACUUCGACGAUCUUAUUCAAUUUCAUUUAAUUUGUCAAAUGAUAGCGAAGUUUUCUGUGGUUAAUUCCGAAAGGACCGAAUCUAAGUUGAGAAAAACAAAUUUUGGGGUUGUGCUCUCCUACAUCGUAAAGCGGGUGCGUGAACUUAGUCAUGCAACGCGGCUAAGAAACGUGCAAAAAAGCGUGAUGCACGUGCACAGUUGGUGUUUUGCUAAUAUAAACCUAUUACUUUUUUCCAGUUCUCUUUGGCGUCGCCAACAUUGUUGCUUAAGCUCCCUAUAGAGCGUUUUCAUUCACGUGGCCAGCAUCUAUGCUAAUUUAUUGGAGAAAAAGAAAGCAUUUACAUGAGAAAAGAGUUCAACUCCCAGAGGAUUUUCUGGGUGCACCAACAUGGCCGCCGUUUCAUUGUUUUGGAACACCAACAUGGCCGCCGUGACGUCAUGUGAAAACGCUCUAUCCCGCUACCAUGGUAACGUGACGUCACACUUCUCCUCUCCACAGGAGAUGUCUACACGCAGGCCACUGCAUGUCAGGAUUCACUGAGUAUGAAUAUUUCUUUUUCAAUCACAGGGCCAAGAAAAUGAUAUAAUUCUUGUUUCGCUGGUUCGAAGCAACAAAGAAGGGGUUAUUGGAUACCUAGCAUCAAUGGACCGCUUGUGUGUGGCCAUUUCUCGGGCGCGUUGUGGUCUUUAUCUUUUCGGAAAUCAUGCGCAUUUGUCGCAGAAAUCUAAGAAAGGUUGGAAGGUAUGUAAUAGGGACUACUUAAGAUACGCCGUUCCUGCACACGGGCAUGUGUAGUACGUGGCGACUGUUUGCCGCGUAGUUUUACAAAAGGCGAUAAUCAUGAUUUCCCAGUUGUGAUAAUGACAUCACCGUUCUUUCCAGUAGCCCACCCGUUUCUCCCGGGUAAGAGGCCAUCUACCCGUAUUUAAGGCUACCCGUACCCUUACACGGAAAUGGUUUAUCGUAAGGUCUCUAAAGUUGUGUAGAUAUACUUGACAAACUAGAAGCUGAGGUAUGAGCUUUCAUCUUUAUAGCUAGUGUUUACAAAGCACCUGCACCCUUGCAGGAAGUCUCGUCCUGUAGACUCUUGUUUUAAGGUCAACGUCGCGUUUUAAAAUUUAAAACACAAAUUAUAUAAAGUCUUCUGAGUCUAUCUAUCUAUGUUGUUUAGCUUACGUUGGUUUUCCACGGUUCCUCACCGUUUAUAUUUAAGCAAUAGAAAACGUUUUCCGUGUUUGCAGAGCCUGAUAUAAACACGAGAGGGGCUGGGAGAAUUCGAGACACUUAUGCAAACCCGAGACGAAGUCGAUGGUUUGCAUAACUGUCGAGAAUUCUCCCAACGCCUCGAGUGUUUAUAUCAGGCUGUGCAAACACAGAAAAAAAGUUUUCUAUUGCUUUUAUAAAUUAACUUUCCCGAGAAAAAACGCAAAACUCUUUGUAUGGCACUGAUUAAAAGAGUAAUUCUUACCAGUCGCAAAGUCUUGUCCACGAAGUCUUGCUCGCGUAAUCAGUUCUUGUUUUGCAAAAAGAUGCUUUCCAAAAUAGGGAAUUUUCUCCUCAGCUUAAGCGAAGAAAAAUUGACACACCGUCUUUGUAACGAUUUUCCAAGUUUCAGCCGACGAAGGAAUGGGUAAAUAAAGUAAACUUGUCGAGUUUUAAGCUCGAAAACGUUUUCAAAUUCGUGCUUGCGUGAUUAACGCGCGAAAAGCAAAACAUCUUGACGCCACAAUUAUGUUUACAUACUCUCAUGCAAACACUCCUCUCGUCCAAUCAGAGCGCGCGUACUAUCUUAGUUAUUUUAUAAAUACAUAUUUUUACCACUCACUAGCUUUCAACUGAAUGGUCCACGGUCCCAAAAUUUGGGAUAAAAAGCAGGUAUACACAGAAAUUGUUUUUAUCAUUUAGCAAUGAAAAUGCUUUGCUGGUUACCGAAUGCAGGAAGCGAUAAGCAUGCCUACAUACCUACAUACUUUAUUCUUACUCCAUUAAAAGAGAUUUUCGGUUACAAGGCAAAUUAGCGAAAAAAGGAGGAAAUAACAGUAAUGUAGAAAAAAUUAAUUCCAAAAUCAAAAUAAUGCAUCGGAUAGGAUUAGCUAUUUACAAAAUUUUUCGAGAAUGAGGAUCAUGAAAUUAGUAUGUGUAAUCAAAUGGUGACGAGUGAAAUUAGGGAAUAAUUCACUUGCGUUUUGUCCAAAUCCUUAUAAUUUCCCGAGCCUUUAGGCUCGGGAAAUUAUUAGGAUUUGGACAAAACGCAAGUGAAAUUAUUCCCUAAUUUCACGAGUAUACCAUUUGAUUACCUAUUAAUAUCAUGGGUGACGAAUUACGUUAACAAUCUUGGAUUUUUGACAUGUUUAUCCUGGAUCGUAUCGAUCGAGAGCUCUUGCACUCUCUCGAACGUUUAGAGCUUAAAUUUGGCUUAAGUUCAGAGUUUUUCGACAAAAUACCUGUUAGAAUCCUUCUUGAUGUGCUCUUUCGUGUGUUCAGGUUUUCUAAAGCGUCUUUUUGUGCCCUGACAUCUUCAUUCAUGACAUUUUAAAACUUCGUCGCCAUCUUGACACUGAGACGUACGUUAUGGGUUGCCAUGGCAAUUUUGUAAAUUCACAUGUGAAAUUACAAAAUAACGCUUAAAUUUCGCGCCAAAAUUAAGGGGUAAUUCGUCACCUAUGAUAUUAAGAGUGUAACAACGCAUCUAUCUGUAAUUUAAACGCACCUUGACAUAUAGAUUUACUAUACGCUUUAUAAUUUCUGUUUCUAUCUAGCGAAAUGUCACCCAUGUUGUUUUAAAACAUGCUAAACGAAAAUGUACGUGCCAAAACCCACAACAGCAGAAAAAGUGAGCAAUAUAAAUGAUACACCUGUCGCUAGAGAUAUUUUAAUUAACAAAUCUGCCGAAAGACGCCAUUUUUUUAAGCCAUUUCAUCAGAGAUUUACCACUGAAUAAUUAUGCAGAUUGAAAUAAGCCCAAGGUGGUAAGUACAUGAGUGGCAGCAACGAAAUUCGUCUAUUAAGGAUUCAAUAAGCGAGGAUUUAUGUUAAAUUCCAAGGCUUCUGGCGCUGCACUGUAAGGCACGAGCUCAGAAAAUGCCAGCAUGGAAUCAUGCACAGUGUGCAUGUCCGGUAGGUGCAAUGCAGGGGCCACCUGCUGCAUUUGGAAACUGUUACUCUCUUACCGUUCUGACAAUAAAGCAUCCAUACGCAUGCAAGUUCACAUUUAAGAUAAUGAUAUUAGAUUAAUAAAACAUUAUAAAUUGUUUUCAAAGAAUGACUGACUUUAAUAGGGUUGAUUUCCACUGUCGCGCAAUUUUUCCCUGCGAAGGCGCGUAAAUGAAAUAGAGGGCACGCGUAAGCGUAAAAGGUGAGCGAGGUUCAACUUUUACGUAUACGCGUGACCUUCCGUACAUUGUCUCCAUUUUAUUUACGCGCGUAAAAUUCACGUGCGUACGCACGGAAAAAUUACGCGACAGUGGAAAUCCACCCUUGAGGUUGAUUUCCACUGACGCGUUUUUGGCUACGCACGUUAACGCGCGUAAAUUUUAAUCACGUAAAUAAAGUAGAGGCAAGAUAUAAAGUGUUGAGAUUACACGUUAAGUUGCGCGAGGUUCUACUUUUACGCUUACGUGCGACCUUUCAUACAUUGUCUCUAUUUUAUUUGCCUAACCCUAACCCUAAGGGUUGAUUUCCAGUGUCGCGUAAUUUUUACGCGCGUACGUGCGUAAAAUUUACUUUCGCAAAUAAAACAGAGGCAAUGCAUGAAAGGUCGCACGUAAGCGUUAAAGUUGAACCUCGCUCAACUUCUCGUUUAAGCUCAGCACUUUUUAUCUUGCCUCUAUUUUAUUUACGCGAUUGAAAUUCACUUUCGUUAACGUGCGUAGCCAAAACCGCGUAAGUGGAAAUCCACCUCUAGGCUAGAGAGCCUAGUGAUGCCGAACUCCAAACCACCACUGAGUGGUGGAAUCGUUACUCGAUACACAUCUGUGAACCGGAUUGACUGUUUCAUACCAUCCGAAGUUAUCCUCCCCUCCCGGUGACUUCACUGCACCUGUAGAUUGGCUGGUAAACUGACACCCGAUCGUUGGACCGUAAAACGAAUCAGUAUGCGCAUGCCAAUUAUCUGUUUGUACGAACUGAGCCGUGCAGUUGCUACAGUUAUAUCCUCGGACGCUAAUAAAUUCGUAUUUUUUACAUGCACCACGGCCAUUAAAGCGCAUAACGGCGAUAUCAUUUAACUUGGCCCUUAAGUAAUCUCUGUAUUUAAGUUCUUCAGUGUUAAAGUUGCAAGUUGCUCGCACGUGCGUUGAGCGGUUUGCUGUGGUUAUCAUGCGUGGCCAAGACAGACGAAAUUUGCUCCAUACAAAGGCUCCCUGAUUUACCGGAAAGUCUUUGUAAAAUGCUUUAUCCGCAAAUUCAUUAUUAUUUCGAAAGCUAAAAGAUUCAAUCAACGUCCAAACGAAUCCUUUUUCAGAGAUAGCAUCACAAAAGACCUCGUACAUGGACAUAGUCGUUGGGUCAAACAGUUGAUACACUCCGGACCUUCUCCCUUCGUUUCUCCCUAGUUCCUCUUUGCAAGAAGUUACUCUUCGUUUGUGACAGAACCUGCCGUAAUAUCCCACUGCGCAUGUACAGUUGAACUUGUUUUUAGCGUCGUCACAUAACUCAGUGCAGUUGCCACCAUGAGCGCAUAAAUUCUGAUUACAGCACUGGUUACUUACUGGUUGCUCUUUGCAAGCCUUGUUAACAAAUGUCUAUAGUACAACAGGAGAGUAUGUUAAAAGUGCAUGUAGGAAUAAUCUUUAUACACUUAUAUAAUCUUUAUGUUAUAUAUUAUUAUUUGCAAGACCCUACCUUUUUUAUAAUGUGCUUUAAAAGAUAUUUCUUCCUUAUGAAUUUUGAUAAUAGCUCCGCUUUUAGGUUUGCCCAAUUUGCAAAUGCCGAAUAUUUACUCUGUUGAAUCAACUUCCUUGCUUUAUAAACUGUCAACAAUAUGAGAAUGUUUUGUAAAGAGCUCGGCGAGCAGAGCGUUAAGCACAAGAAAAAUCAAUAUAUCAGUAUCAAUAUCAGUGUUUGCACAAACAAGUCAACAAGCAUAUGAAGUAUUUACAGAUAUUGUUCAUCCAUCCAAUAUUUUUAGGAUUCACACAACCUGCACCAUGAGGGGAAGUGUAACUAAAAGUUCUUAAUUUUAAGAGAGACAUUAAGGGGUCUCUGAAGAAAAGAGGGUGCUGAAAAUUAAGGAACAAGAGUUUAAGUAACACAUCCUUAAAAAAGCAACACGAAAUUUGAAAGCUGAAAUGGAUGUUGUCCUCCUUUUCAAAACGUCAGCCUUCCAAACCCGGGGGGAUACUCCCCUAUAUAAGCUAUAUAGGUAUGUGCCACCCCAUCGGGUAGGGUUUUUGUGCUGUUUUGGUCUGAAAACGGGUAUGGUUUUCGAGGGAACUUACGGAAGUGUAUGAACGUAUUUAUCGUCUCAAUUCCAAAUGAGUAAGAAAGAAAGAGAAAUUUGGGAAUUCGAAUUGGAUUUGAAGAAUUGUUUUGUUUGCGCUCCAGGCUAAGUUAUGCUAACAUAAUUUCGGCCUAAAGGACAGGUCUGGAAACGGGUAUGGAUUUUAGAGGUCUGGUCUGAAAACGGGUGUGGAAAAUUACAGUUUUUCACAGUCUGAAAUAGGGUCAGGAUUUGGAGAACCAGGCGGCACACCCCCACCAAGAAUUCCCAGGAGUACCCCCACCCCCCCCUUUUCAAAAUAGUGCAUUUCUAUCGAAAGAUUGCAACCUGUUUUGUUAACUACAGGACGAGGCAAUACCGAAUAAAGCCGAAAUAUAAUGAUUACUCUGAUUAAGUAUAAUCUCGUCAGACUGUCUGUGUCUUCCUUUGGCAAAGCCGGAGACAUUCGACAUUAGAUUCACUGGUUACCUGAUUGACGUAUUCUCUUUUCAUAUCGUAAUAAGUGUAUCCCUUUUCCUUGAGAAAGUCUUCAGGAGCAGAAAAUCUGUCUUCAUCCAGCAACUCGCAUCGAUUUUCCUUUAUUUGGUACGCUUGGCAUUUACAUUUCUCCUCAAAGCAUUUUACAUGACAGUCAAACGGUUUCGACAGCGUGUAAUUUCUAAAGCUGUGUCCUUGCAUAGCCAGAUUUUUCAUUCCCGUUUUACCAAUACUUCCUCUGCUUUGUUCGCAUCUUCUCUGGCAGUCUGUGGCCAAUUUCAAACUGCAGAUAUAAAAAAAUAUCGACACGAAAAGGAAAUAGUUCGCCAGUGUCAUUGUUCUAACGUAAAAUAUCACUUAUGAGUAUUCUUUCCAGAGCUAAAAUUCCCUAUCAAAUAACCAACCAGUUUGAAGAAAAAGAAGGUUUUCGCAAAUGAAACGUGCUUUGUAUAAGAAAAGGAAAUUUAAUAUACAUGUAUAUUUUAUGGAAAUAAGCAUUUACCGAGCUUAGUGACAAACUGUUUCAACAAAUAAGUUAACUCAGUGUUUGUUUGUCAUUUCUCCCUUUCGGAUUUCUAGUGACUGGGAUUCGAGGAUACGGCAUGCAUCCUCAAGCGUUUUAGACUAUUUUUCAGCUUGCAUUUUAUGUUUCUUCAGUCACCGUUACCGCAAGUAACUAAAAACGCACCCAGACUUUAAUUUGUAUGAGAUAUGCUAAAUAUAAUUAGCGAAUGUUGAGCGAAAUGUCAAUCUUGUUCACGCUGAUGAAAUAUUUGUCUGCUGACUGAAAUCACCAGUCGCUGGAUAAAUUAGACGUAUGUCUAAUUUUGUGAAGCCAUAUGAGAAAAAAUGGUCAAGGACGCAAUUAGAAAGCACGAUUAGUUAAAUGACAGUUGAUGAAAUACAUAAGCUGCCUCGGCCAGGUGGCAAUUCUUCAAUAAUUGAAUUGAAUUUCAAUUAUUCAUUGGGAAGAAGUAGUUUGACAAGUCACGUUUUAACAUUAUCACUGAUGCCAUUUCAAAGCACAGACGAUCACGCGUGUGAUGCAUUAUCAUGGGAUCCCUGUGGCAAUGGUGAUGAAAUAGAACUCUUAGUUUUACAGCCACGUAUAAAGAGCAAGUUGAGUCUUAGCUGUGAUCAAGUGCCGGACAUUUUUUUUUCUCUCGCCAGAUUGUCAGUGAUUUCAUGCGGAAGAGGAAGCAACUUGGCUGUAGAUUUCCAUUCCGUUCUAGUGUAGAUUCGGUGAGUAACACCAAAAUUCCAAAUAGGAUUUGAGAAAUAUGGAACCUCAUAGAGGUUUUACCUACAGGCGGUUAAGGCAGUGUUCACCUUUGAUCACCGGGUGUUUUUUAGACCAGUGGUUCUACUUUCUUUGGAAUUGCCGGUUUUGGCCUGAACUACCACACUCAAUUAACGUCAAAUUCGAUGCUGUGAUCCGCGGCAGGAUUAGUUCAGUCGGCCGGUAGAGCGCUGAGCUGCAGAGUAGAGCGGGAAGUCCCGGGUUCGAUUCCCGAAGCCGGACCAAUACUCAGUAUCUUAAAAUAACCGAGAAAUUAAGGUACUACCUUUGCCCUGCAAAUGGCUAGACCUUUGCGUGGCUCUGAUGGCCACGUAAAAUGACGUUCCCGUCUCCAGUAGGCGACGUCAAACCCAUAAUGCCCGCAAUUCGUCCUUUCGUACUAAAUACAUUGACACUCAAAGAAAGUGCAUUUUUUUGUGUGCCUGUUCUGAGGUAAAGGCAAAAACCCCUUUCUGGUUUCUUUACACGCGUCCCUUACUAACGCAAGUUCGAAAUAACCGUUCGGCCACUAAGUCUUGACACUUGCUAAUUCACCUUUUGUGGAAUCUUCCUAAUGACAAAUUGUGGUUCGAUUAUUCAAAGGAAAAUCAUUUCCCACCCUUCCCACCCCAACCAAAGACUGAAGCCAACCGUUUCGGUAAUCCUGGCUAUUCUUAAGUACCGUAAAUGCUCGAAUUAGCGCCCGGGGCGCUUAUUUAAUUUUCUUAGGCGAGAGGGGGGCGCUAAUUCGAAGGGGGGCUCUUAUUUGAAAGGGGGCGCCUAUUUCGUUUGUCAAUUUUUAGCCUCAAAAUGACACUAUCUUUACCGAAAAUGGCCUCGUAAUUCCAAGAACUUUUAAGGCAGUAACAAGGAGCCGGCGAUUGGGAGCAAAGUUUUACGAGGAACUUAAUAAAGUGAAGCAGCCAUGUGCUCCCAUGGAUAUUUCUAUCAAGGAAUUGAGAAGCAAACCCGUGCGACUUUUCAAAGGACAUUACUGUUUAUACUAUUUAACAAUGUCACAUUUCAUUAAAAGGACCGUAUAGACCGUAUACGUCUCGUAUAUCGUACCGUGUACCGAAACUCAUUUUUUCUCGGGGGAGGGGGGGAGGGGCGCUUAUUACAAAUUUUGAGCCUUAGGAGGGGCGCUACUUCAAAGCGGGGCGCUUAUUUGAAGCUGAGCGCUAAUUCGAGCAUUUACGGUAAGUACUAUUUUUUUUUUACCAGGAAUCUUUAAAGCCCGCUCAGACUUCCUUUGUUGGUGAAUCUCCAGGCAAGUAAACAAAAUGUUAUCCAUUGCCCUUACGUACUAUAUUUUUUUCUCUGUUGAUAAUGCUUUUUUUUCUGGAAUGUCAUCUGCUUAACCUGCACUCUUUUUCGGGGACUUUUCAGUUAAACAUUUUUCCGGGACACUGGUGUUUACAACAGUUUAAAAAUUGUAUCCGGUGUAGACUGCAAAACAGUCCGUUCAUUCCCGUAGUCAAGUACGCGCACUUCGCGCAUGUGGCGUGUAAGGCUCGCGCGCUUCACGUGUGUGAGAAAAAAUACCCGAGUGCUUUUCAGUCUAAUUCUAUUUUCCAGUAAGAGGGAUAUGUGCCAAUUUAGGCAGAGUAAGUUUUAGGUCACAAUUGUUGGUGGUUUUUCCCAUGGUCAAGAACUUUGAAAGUAUAUUCCCAAGACUCGUGUAAUAUCAGUAUAAAUAAUGCACCCUUCAUCUAUUUUUCUGCUUCACCGAUUCCUAAGCAAUAACACAUCAGUCGGUGUCCGCUUCUCUCGACGCAAGCUCCUUUACCCCGUGCAUGUUUCUCUCUCGCUACAUCUACAUAGGCCUUCACUUGGACUCUCCAUUGUCUGGUCUCCAGUCUUGCCUUCAGUAACCUGAGAUCAGUCCUUGGCGAUGAAAUAUUAAUGUUAAGAGCUUUUUUUUAUCUCCCAGCUGGAGGUAACGUAAUAAAUGUCAACGCUCAACAAGCAUUUCUUAAUGCAGGAGGGGCAGCCUCAGCGAAUACCAUCAACGCUCCCAGUUCAGGUUGGUAUCGGUAGGUUACCUUUGGUAGUGAUGGAUGGUGGUUUUUUGUCCAGGGCCAUAUCCCGGGAGGAGGGUACUCAAUAAAGUUUUGUACGGGUGGGCUCCGCCUUGAGGUGCAACCCCUUACCCUUUUUAUAUGCAUUCAUGACAGACUGGUACCCCUUUCGCAUACCUUCUAUUGACAAAUGGUACCCCUUUUACAUACCUACAAUCUUGGACAAAACUGAUGAGGAAAUUGUGUACUUGGGGAGCAUUUUUCUGAACAUCGUAGCUGUACCGGUUCUUUACUCUCCUCCUUCCUCUGAAAGCGAUGUUGUUGUGUAUUCAAAAGAAAGCCUGAUCCCUGGGCGUUUCUAGGAAGCAACAUUGAAUUGGGGGAAGGGGAUUUCUUUCCGCAAAGGCGUCGUUUGGGAAAUAGUUUUGUUGUGUAGGAAAGUGGACAUGAUGGGGAAACUUUCUCAAGUAGGUUUGUCCGGGAUUGUAGCUCAGAGCUUUGCAUCCCUUGCUGUAAAUGCAUUGUCUCUAAAAUAUGAAUAAAUCACAAAACCAGAACUUUUUCUCGACUUCACAGCCAUAAUUUUUAUCUGUCAGCCCUUUUUGCGCCUUAUUAAAGACUCGAAUGAAAGAUUUCCCUAUUCCUUCAUAUACUUCAAGUAGAACCAGUGAAAUCCCUACCAUUUCAUAUACCCGAAGCCUUUCGGGCGGAUCCUCCCCAUAUAGGCCAUUAGAGGUGUUCCUCCCCCGGGGUUGAGCAAAUUCCCUUCCUUGUCUGGAAGCUAAACGAAAGCAGACGCCUGAGUUUGGGCAAAAACCAGGUCUGACGCUAUACAAACAACGCCAACGUGUUUCUUUUCGUAUUGCGAAAGGCCAUGAUGGGAAACACGUUUUCCUUUAAGAAUUCUGAUAAUUAUUUGGCUUUUUUAAAUAUUCCCUUAACCGUUUUUUUUGUUGUUGUUGUUGUUGUUAUCUUUGCCUAUACAGGGGAUCCUUCAUUAAUCGCUUCGUCCCCACCACAGUCAGGUAUACGUUUAUCAUCUCAGAUACCUGGCAAGACGCCUGUUCAGGAUCCAAGGUCACCACUACCAGUUGUUAUGUCCCCCUUCGGCACUGGGACACCCAGUUCGAACACUCAAGACGCAAGAUCGCCUACACAAGCUACCUCUGGCGGAGAGAAAUCUCUUGACGGUGAGGAUGAAAAGAUGAAAGAUAGGCCAGUUCAAGAGUCUGCCAACCUGCCAAAAGACAGCACGGAUGAAAGCUUGAAACAUCUUGCAGGCGAACAGGUCUUUGAAGAGAAGCCGGUACAAGAAAUUGAAGACGUGACCAAGGAUGAGAAGAUAGAGCAACCCAAAUUUGGCCCGGAGGAUUCUCUUCAAGAAGGUGUUGAAGAGUUUGAUAAAGAAAAGCCACUUCAACAGACUGACCAGACUGGCAAAAAUCAAACAGUUGGUGAGCAGUCCUUACAGCAUUUUGAAGAGUUUGAGAAAGAGAAACCUGUACAAGAGACGAAAGAACCUGGCAAAUAUGACACGGGCGGGGAUAAGUCCUUGAAGAGUUUAGAAGAUACUGAGAAACAGAAACCAUUUAAGGAGAGUCCAGGCAAUGAAACGGAAGGUCUCUCUGAGAGUAAACCUUUACAGGAAACCGCUAAUUCCGCGGUCAAGACUAAAAGUACCGUAGAAGAGGAGGUACGUCCUACUCAGGAGACCGUGAGUCCAAUUAAAGGACUUACUGAGGAAUCUGAUCAAGAUAAGAGCAAGUCGUUGCAGGAAACAGGAAAACCCAGCCAAGAGCAAGAUGCGGAAGGAGAAAACACAGAAGAAAUUCAAACGGGCAACGACGUGUCUUCAGUUGACAAUCCCGAAGUGAAGCGACCUAAGCAAGAAACUGCUAGCUCUGAAGCUAACUCCGACAGUUUGAAAGAAGAACCUGUCCCCACUCAAGAAACCAUGGCCGCUGGCAAGGGACCUUUUGAGGAGUCCGGGCUUGAAGUGGGCGUCAAGGCGCAACCAACAGAUGACGUACACGACGUGCCUCCAGCGGGGAAUCCCGAGUCGAUAAAGCCUAAACAAGAAACAGCGAGCUCUGAUAAAGAGUCCGUUAGUUUGAAUGAAGAAGUUGUUCCCACUCAAGAAACCAUGGCGGCUGGUAAAAGACCUUUUGAGGAGUCCCGGCUUGAAGUGGGUGUCAAGGCGCAUCCAACAGACGAGGUACACGACAAUUUGCCUCCAGCAGAGAAUCCCGAGUCGAUACAGCCUGAACAAGAAACAGCGAGCUCUGAAGUUGAGACUGACAAUUUGAAAGAAGAGGUUGUUCCCACCCAAGAAACCAUGGCCGCUGGUAAAGGGCCUUUCGAGGAGUCUGGGCUUGAAGUGGGGGUCAAAGAGCAUCCAACCGACGAGAAAGAAUAG